AUGAUCGUGACGCCCACCCGAAGCCCCGCCGGCGGCCCCGCCCGCCGCCGGGGAGAGCUGCCGUUCCGGUCGGUGUCCCUCAACAGCAUCCCCGCGGGCACGCUGACCCCCCUGAAGGAGCUGCUGAGGUGUCGGGGCACCCUCAAGGUCGCCGCGGAGCCGGCGGGCUGUGGGGAGAGCCGCGCCAGAGGGCCGGCGGCCGGCGGCGUCCUCCAGUCCACGCUGCUGGCGGGCAGCGGGGGCGGCGAGGAGCUGCUGGAUGUCAGCGAGAUCCGGCCCGGCCCCGGCCCCGGCCCCGAGCGGCGGCUGAAGCGGCGGGCGUGCGAGCCUCCCGCCCACGAGUCCCCGGCCAAAAUCUUCCAGCGGAUGAAGGCCAAGGCCUUGCGGCAGAAGCAGGACCCCGGCCCGCCCGCGGGAAAGGCGGCGCAGAGGAGCUGCGGCAGCGACCUGAUCCUGACUCCCACCCUAAACCCCGUGGAGCAGGGGCGCCGGCCUAAGAAACCUGUCGCAGCAGAAGGUCGGCAGAGACCCGCCGAGGGGCCGGGUGGGUGCACCCAGCCAGAAAAAGAAUUACUUUGCACUCGGAUUCCUGAGAACCAAACCACGAAAGCGCUAGCCGUAGACCCUUUUGUAUUGGAAUCCCCUCAGAAGUUCUUCUUGCGUGUAAAGCAGAAAUUGCAGCAGCAGCAAAAAGAUCCAACACCUUCAAACCCAAUCAAGCAGAACAUUCCUCCUCCCACAACUACAGAAAAGCCGUUAGUCAAAUCUGCUUUUGCUGAGCAGCUCAGGAAUGAUCCUGCAGAGUAUGUGGCCACUGAUAAGGAUGAUCAGGAUAAUUUCCUUAUGGAAUCAAUGGAUGCUGAUGAUGAAAUGUCUCAAAAUACAUUGACUAGUUCUGUGGAUUUUAACUCUGCCCCUUUUAAAAAUGGGGAUCAGUUAGAAGAAAGGUGGGGAAAUGGAGAAGCAAAACGUGCUGAACUUCAUCAAGAGAGAAGAGAGUUACAGCCAAAUAAUAAGCAAGCUGCUCAUGGAGUAGAAAAGAUACUGGAGACUAAUUCUCAAAAGCCCUCACAGUGCUUAUGUAGCAUUAUGCUCUCUUCUCCCAAAGUCCACAUUCCAAGGAAGCAAAAGCCGAAAGAAGGCUGGAAGGUCCCUUUGGAUAAACCUCAUACAGAUCAAGUUGCUGGCAAAGCAGACAAAGAGAAGAAUGUCUGCCUAACCAGCUGGAGAAUUAAAGUGAUGGAUGGAAACACUGCAAUAUGUGUUGAAGGAAAACGGAAAGAUAUGAAAGAUCUGUCUUGGCAUAGUAAUGCAAUUAUGGAACGCGUAGCACACAACAAAGUUAAAACAUCGUCUGGCAGUAUCUACUUGCUACAAGGAAAUAUAGAUUCGGCUUCAAUGAGAAAAGAAGGAUUUCCCUACCGUUUCAUCAAAAGAUUUACAUAUGGGUUUUCCAAAAAGUGGAAGGAAUAUGUUGAGGAGUUUCUUGAGGAAAGAAGAAGGAAAGAACGAAAACAAAAUACUGGUGAAGAUGAAAAUGAAGAAAGUGACUCAGUGGUGACUACGGAUGUGUUGAAAAAUGCAGGAGACUCAGCAAGAGAUGUAAAGAAACCUGAAACCAGAAACACCACCUAUGAAGUAUUACCGAAGAAUGAUGAAAACACUUAUACAACACCAAAGCAGAAUUCCACAUUGAAUGCCUCAAACAAAGUUUACACUCGUAGUGGCCGUCUUGUUAAACCACCGUUAAGUUUCUGGUGUGGGCAACGUGAGUUUGUUGAUCAGGAACUAAAUGUUACUGUAGAAGAUGGUGGAAUAGAUUAUCUGAGCAUGAUGUUUAGUAGUGAAAAAUCCCAAAGAAAGACCAGUUCCGUCUCUAAGAAGCAUAAAAGCAAGGAAGUAAUGAAGACAACAGAAGAAACACCGAAAAGUCAAAGUAAAGGGAAAAACAAUGAAAAAGGAGUAAGUUCCAAACGAGAAACCAAGUCCGCUGGAAGCAAGGAGGCCAGGCGCUUCAUUUCAGAAGAUGAUGAAAGUGAUCAUGCAACCAAUAGUACAAAAAUUAAAACACAGCUUUCUGUUAGGCUGACUCCCUUAAAUACUGGAGCACUAAACAAACAUAAUAGCAGAAUCCCAGGAAUGGCAAAGGACAAGAGAGGAACAGAAUCUGGAGAGCUGCCUAUGUAUCAGCAGGCUUACAAGUACUCUUUAAGGUCAGCCAAACAACUUCAAGACAAGCGUUUAACAAAAGAAUCAUCAAGCAAAGAUGAGGAAGAGGAAUCCAGUGAAGAUAUCCCACUGUCUAUCAAAAGGAAAAAUAAGCCUUUAUUUAAAAGAGAGACUCAAAACGCUAAAUCUAGCUGUAAAAGUUCACAGGAUGAUGCAAACAAGGUGUCAUGUGAACAAAGGACAGUACAACACUCCACUUCCUCCCAUAAUGUGCCCUUGAGGCAAAGUGUGCCUGGAUCCACUGAUGGAUCUGAUUUACUUGCAGGAAAAACACCUUCUAGUGAGAACAAAUUUCAAGUAAAAGAAAAAAAUUCAAAAGUAUCUGAUAAAAAACCAAACGUUAAAGUUUCUAAUACUGCCAAGUCUUCAGCAGCAAAAGCAAGAGAACCUGAGAGGGAAAAGGUGCAGAAAUCUCUGGAACUUUUUCCAAGGGCACCUGAUGAUUGGUCUGAAAAGGAAUUACAGAAGCUCUACAGGGCCGUUGCUUCGUUUCCAAAGCACAGGAAUGGCUUCUGGCUGGAGGUAGCCAUGGCGGUGGGGUCUCGCUCUGCUGAGGAAUGCCAUCAGAAGUAUGUCGAAGAACAACAGACAAAAGGUUCCAAAAAGCAUGCCAAGACAACCACCACUUCAGGAAAAACAGAAAAGAAAGAUAAGAAGGAGCCAGUUACGAUAACUGCCAAAGUGGGAACCUUCAAACGAAAGCAGCAGAUGAGAGAUUUCCUGGACCAUUUGCCAAAGGACAACCACGACGAUAUUUUCACUGCGACGCCCCUUCAAAACAGAAGAGUAAAGUUGCCAAUGUUCUGGGGAAGCCGCGACGAUGAGGAUGACGAUGACGACUUUGCACUUACGGACAACCCCAUCACACCUUCCUCAGCUGUCUUCCCGAUGGUGAAAACCCCUCAGUGUGAGCAUAUCAGUCCUGGCAUGCUGGUGCCCAUCAACAGGAACGAUUACGACAGGCAUGUGUUCAGAAUGCAGAAGAACACGCAGGGCAGCAGAGGCACCUGGGACAACAUCAAGAAGAAGUCGGCUGGAGGGGUGCUGGGGACGCCAGCGUCACGCAGAACCAAGUUCAGUUUUGAUAAAGAAGUGAAACAGGCAUCUGUUGUAGGGAAGCUCUUUGUGGCUGAGGCAGUAGACUCAUCGGAUGAAGAAGAGGAUGAUUCCUAUUUUUCUGUUUAAUGAACUUUGUGGAUUUCAUUAGUUCAACACUUACGCGCCUCUCGUAUGGAGCAAAGGGGUUUGGCUGCCCCUCUGAGAUGGUGUUCCUGUGCUGUUGAGAGUUCAGUUUGGAAACCUUGACCUGCAGUGGUUUUAUGUGUUUUAACACCAUUCCCAUCUUGCUGCCUGUCCAGCAACGUUCGUCAUUUUCCAUGUGUAUAAAGGGGCACUUUCUUGCCCAGGCUCUUCCUUUCCAUUGCCCUGUUUUUCCUGGGGGAGGGAGAAAU